AUGCAAGCCCCUCCUGCUACCCCCUCCAUGGCCCGCAACAAGCGUGACGCCAUCUAUCGCAUCCUCGCUCAGAUGAAGCAAGACGGCAUCAACAUAUCUGACCUGGAGGCGUGCCGCUCUCACGGGGCGAGCUCGACGACCUCGGACAUGGAGGACGCAUGCUCAGCUCAAUCUGACUCCUCCCCGUCCCUCUUGGCCUCCCCAGUAUCGUUGGAUGACAGCCCGCUCCCACGUGGCCAAAGUCUCCCCAAGCGGUCGCGGAAGCGGACGCGGGCGACCAUGGACUCUGACGAUGAGACUGGGAGCGUCCAGUCUACCUCGGUUCAGCUUAAGGCUCGGCGUUCGCUCGCGCACGACUUUGCCAGCCACUCCCCUUCGGACGAGGUGCUUGGCUCUCAGGAUGAAGGCAAGGACGACGAGAACGACAGCGAAGGACCGAGCACAGCUCGUGUACCGCUCAGCACUGCGGCAGAAGAUGUCCAGGCUAGCCUCGCGUCCAGCAUCUCCAUUGACAUGGACGAGGUUGAGCUGGUAGACACCUUCAUGCGCCUCAUCUUCCCUUCCGACGACCUCGCAGCUUCGGCCAAGCGGAGCAGGUAUCGCUUCGAUGUCCGACAGGCCAUCCAGUAUCAGGUCCGCAAGCUGCAGUCUGCGCGGACAGGCGGUCGCUGGAGGAGAGACAUAGACCCCUCGCCAAACGGAGACAUGCCCGAGAUCAUCGCGGGAGGCGUGACACAGAACGGCAAGACCCUCAUCAAGGUCCUCGCCAUCGUCGUCGGGCAUCUUCUCGGCGUCUCCUCCAUCAUCGUCUCCACCACCAGGAGCGGCACCAGCUCUCUUAGCAACAAGAUCGAGAGGUACCUCCUGCGCGACCUGCAUCCGAAGCUUCAGCCCACCAUCAAGCACAUCUGCGAGCUCGAUGCUCGCAAGCACGGGCCCGAGCCCAUGUGCAACUUCCUGCGCAAGCAUGGCUGCCUCUUCAUUAACGACACGGCGAGACUGAAGCUUUACAACGCCUCGCACACCAUCCAGAGCGCCCGAUCCUGCGCUCACCUGGGCGAGGACUUCCCAUGCCAGCUCAUCCUGGACGAGGCUGACUCCUACUACCGCAACAGCUCUGACCCGAUCCAGCUCGAGAAGGCCCUCGCUGACCUCCACCAGCAGGUCAAGCCAGUCCUGCGCUGGAGCGUCUCAGCGACCUUGAUCCCGGUCUUCCUUCACCUCAAGGACAAGAAGUUUGGUCUAGACUCUGACUCCAUCAUCUACACCCAGCCCGACCACACCUACGUCGGCGUGCGCGACUUCAAGCCCCUGCAGAUCGACGGCAAGAAUCAGUUCCUCAUGCCCAAGGACCUCAAGCCCGCCAACCUCUACUCCAACCACCUCACCGACGAAGUCAUCCGCCAGGCCGUCGACAAGCCUUGCUCGCUCACCCUCGUCAUCACCAACCCGCGCGUCGACGCCGCCAACAAUGUCUUCGAGCUCGCCAGGCGCAUCCAGAACUCCUAUCCCCGCGUCGCUGCCUUGAUCGUCGUCGGGCGGGGCCGCUUCUACAUGCCCCCGCCUCAGCCGCGACUGCCCGAGGACAGCAUAGCCCCUCCGCCGGCAUAUGUGAUCAGGAGGAUGGACGUGUCGGCUUUGAUUGAGGCGAUCGACGGCCACGUGGGCCUUGAGACGCCGCUGGUGGUCCUCGGCUACUCUCAGAUGAUCCGCGGCGAUACCUUCAGGAGCAACAGGCGGGUGCCCACCCACAUCAUCUGCGCGCUUGGCCGCGCCAUGAGCAUCGAGAAGAUGGUCCAGGCCAUGGGGCGAGCGAGCUACCAGGACAGCAAGCUCGAGGACAACGGCUUCCAGCACGUCACCGUCCUCACGUACCCCCAGGACUUUGACUCGGCGCAGGCCUAUCCGCAGUGGCUGGCGGAGAUGCAGCAGAAGCUCCAAGAGGGCACGGGGAUCAGCGAGGCCACGUCACGUUUGGCCACCUACUCGGACCGAGCCAACGUGAUCUUCCGUCAGAACAAGCCCAUCGGGCAGCGCAACGACAACCUGAGGCUUGAGACAAGCUUCGAGGACCCCGAGCCUGGCUGUGAGCGCCCAGGAAGAAAGUUUCUAGACCGCCUGCAUGCCGAAGACCCAGUGCUUCAGACGCUGCGCGCAAUCGCGAUCGAAAACCGGGAGACCAGCGAGACCUUCAAGCAGGAGCUGGUGGAUUACAAUUACAAGGGCACAGGCAUGACGGCCAAGGAGUUUGCCGACGCUUACAACGAAAGAAUCGGCGAAGGCUCCCGUCACGUGACCGUACAAGCCAUCACCUGCAAGCUAGGGAAGCUGGUGGACAACGGCGUACUCGAGAGGUCCAAGGGGCGUCGGGUGCAGCCCACGAGGUACUGGAUCGCGAGUAAGGAGCUGCUACAGCCGAGCACGGCUUAUAGAAGUAGCCUCGGAUCUUCAAGGCUUGGCAUGUUGUCUUGA